AUGCCUGCGGUAAUGGCAGGUCCAGUCUCGUUUGCGCCACCGGCGGGCAAAUCGAGCGCAAUGGCAAUCGUCAUCGCGGGAUUCGCUGCGUUUGGAGGAUUUCUAUACGGUUAUGAUACUGGAUAUAUCUCCGGUGUCAAAGCUAUGCCUUUUUGGCUACGGUCCGCUGGUCAGCUAGGCCCUGAUGGCGAGUAUAUGAUCACCACUGGCCAAGAUUCACUUGUCACGAGUAUACUUUCAAUAGGUACAUUUGUGGGAGCACUUCUGGCUUAUCCCAUAGGUGACAGGUAUGGACGAAGGAUAGGAAUUGUACUAGCCUGUGGAAUCUUCUGCAUUGGAGUCGCCCUACAAACUGCUUCGUCCAAGAUAGGUUUAUUCGUUGCUGGACGUGUAUUUGCAGGGCUAGGAGUCGGUAUUACUUCUUGCCUUGUACCUAUGUACCAGUCGGAAUGCGCACCAAAAUGGAUUCGUGGAGGGGUAGUCGCAUGUUACCAAUGGGCUAUCACUAUCGGGCUUUUGGUCGCCUCGGUGACCGUCAACGCAACUAAAGACAUGCCAAAUGCAUCCAGUUACCGUAUUCCAAUCGGAAUUCAAUUCAUUUGGGCAGCAAUCUUAUGUAUCGGUCUGAUGGUAUUACCUGAAUCGCCUCGAUAUCUAUUACUCAAAGGAAGAGAAGAAGAAGCAUGGAAAUCAUUAACUCGUCUCUAUAGCGCACCUUAUGAUGAUCCAGAUGUUCAAGCCGAGUUUUCAGAGAUCUCUGCAAGUUUGGCAAGAGAAAGAGAGAUUGGUAAAACUACUUUGUUAGAUUGUUUUCGAUCUGAUAAACGAAAGAAUUUGUUACGUACUUUAACUGGUAUUGGACUUCAGGGUUGGCAACAAGCUUCUGGUAUCAACUUCUUCUUUUACUACGGGACUACCUUCUUUAAGAAUUCAGGAAUAUCCAAUGCAUUCUUAGUCACUGUCGCCACUAAUGUUGUAAGUGUGAUGACGAUUCCAGGAAUUUGGGCUGUUGACAAACUCGGACGACGAACCAUGUUACUCGGUGGAGCAAUUGUUAUGUUCGCAUGUGAGUUGAUUGUGGCGUGUGUUGGUACGUUCACUUCUCCCGACAAUAUGGCAUCUCAAAAGGUUCUCGUGGCGUUCUCUUGUAUCUUUAUUGGAACAUUUGCGGCUAGUUGGGGUCCUAUCCCAUGGGUCGUGACUAGUGAAAUAUAUCCUCUAGCAACUCGUGGAAAGCAAAUGGCAAUGUCUACAGCAUCCAAUUGGGCAGUAAACUUCCUCAUGGGAUUCAUCACACCUUAUCUGGUUGAUGAAGGUGUUGGUAAAGCCGGUCUAGGAGUCAAGGUGUUUUGGCUAUGGGCAGCAUUCUGCUUUUCUUGUAUCAUCUUCUGUUUUUUCUUGAUUCCGGAAACAAAGGGACUUUCAUUAGAACAAGUCGAAUUACUUUACGUGAAUUCGACUAUUCUUAAAAGUAAUUCUUAUCGUCGAGAGAUGAUUGCAAAUAAUAUGCAUGAAGGAAUGACACCUGCUGAAAAGGCUGUUCAAGAAAAACUAGAAUUGAUUUGA